CGCCCCGCCCCGGCGGGGUGGGGCUGCGGGAAGCGGCAGGCGCGGCGCGGGCGGCCCCGGUUGCCUCGGCACCGGCCUUGUAGCAAAGGGUGCCCCGGGGUUGCCGCGACCCGGCCUCCUGCCUCCCGCCGCGGUGCCGAGGCCCGGAGCGGCGCAGCCCGCCCCUUUCGCCCCUCCCGCCGCCGCGCAGGCCUGGCGGUGCGAGGCAUGAAGCUGACCAAAGCCCAGUACGAUGAAAUAGCCCAGUUCCUGGGGCACGUGCAGCCCACCCGGCAGAGCCUGAGGAAGCUGAAGGAGAAGUUCCCUAGUCAAUCGCAGUCCACUCUGCUGAGCAUCUUCUCCCAGGAGUACCAGAAACAAAUCAAAAGAACACAUGCCAAGCAUCACACUGCUGAAGCUAUUGAAACUUACUAUCAAAGGUACCUGAAUGGGGUGAUGAAAAAUGCAGCUGCCCCUGUAUUGCUGGAGCUGGCCAAUGAGGUGGACUUUGCCCCAUCGUUGAUGGCUCGUAUUGUGUUAGAGAGAUUUCUACAAGAAAAAGAACAAGCCAUCCCCUCCAAAACUCUUAUAAAUAGUAUGCUGCGGGACCCUUCUCAGAUUCCAGAUGGAGUUCUAGCAAAUCAAGUCUAUCAGUGCACUGUGAAUGACUGCUGUUAUGGACCACUGGUGGACUGCAUCAAACACGCUAUUGGGCAUGAGCAUGAAGUCUUGCUGCGAGAAAUGCUCUUGGAAAAAAAUCUCUCUUUCAUAGCUGAAGAUCAGCUUCGUGCAAAGGGUUAUGACAAAACACCAGAUUUUAUUUUAGAAGUGCCAGUGGCUGUUGAAGGACACAUAAUUCACUGGAUUGAAAGCAAAGCCUCAUUUGGUGAUGAAAGUAGCCACCAAGCAUACUUGCAGGACCAAUUUUGGAGCUACUGGAACAGAUUUGGCCCUGGAUUAGUCAUCUACUGGUAUGGAUUUAUUGAAGAGCUGGACUGCCAUCGCGAACGUGGUAUCCUGCUAAAAGACUGCUUUCCUACUGACAUCGUGACGCUGCGACACAGCAUGGCUCAGCGCUGAUGUUAGGAGGAAGAGGGAAUCCAUACCUAGGAAUUUUUCUCUUAACUGACUUUAAGGAAGGAAUCUGUCUUGACCCCAGUAGGUACUGUAACAUGAAAUUUUCUGGUGUACUGGAGUCCGAAAGAGCAAUGUGCAGGAGCCCUCUAUGUGGGUUACUGCUGAAGGAGAUCACCGUCCUGAUUUUCAAGGAAGAGAGCAAAAAAAAGCUAAAACAGCGCUUCACGCUGGGUCGGUUCCACAAGGCAAACAAAGCACACAAAUGGGCAUCAGUUUCCUGCGUAUUUAUGUAUUCUUGUAGGGGCAUUGUUUUUCUCUUGUUGGAACCCCCAAGGUCAGAGGUACACUGAGGUGGGCGUUAGCCCUCCUUCAUGUUUUGGGUCCAGUCUCAUCCUAUUUCCAUCCUCAUCACCACUCGGAGGGGUUAGCAUUGGGCCUCAGCUCUGUGCUCUCGGAGGUUUCUUAAUGACAGCAGCUUACUGGGCUUGACACUCUUUAAUACCCUUUUCUUUGCUAACUGGCACUCAGGAAAGGACAAAAUAAUAUUUUAAAAAGUCAGUGAGAGCUUUGCAUGUAUGCCCACCGUCUUCAGAUUUUCAGAGAACUUAAGCAGAGGUAUGGGUUCUGUUGUAGAAUUAAAGGUGUGAUAACAGUCUCCCUGAAGCACAAGUGAUAACCUCUUCCAUAAGGAAAGGGUCUUUAAAACAUUACAGCCCAUAUUCAUCAUCUUUUUCAGUUGAGGUGAUACUUCGUGCGCCUGCAUGAUUUCAAAAAUCACAUGCAGACUUUUUACAGUCUUGCCUUGAGUUAAAGGAAAAGGUAUUAAUCCUAUUCCGGUUUUUUUCAGCUAUAGUUUUCAGAUGCAUGCGCAGUAUUUUUUAAAAAACUCUUAGUUCUCGCUUUAACACUUUUUGUUAAGUUACAGACAGGAGUUUAUCAUUUUGGCUAAUCUUUAAUUUUCAGGGAAAAAAUACCUAGUCUUUGUAGUACUCUGUCCCUAGCUGCAGAGGUAAGCUAGUAUAGCUCCACUCCAGUGAGUUGUUGUUGCACAGAGAUUUCUUUCUUGGCUUUGAAUGCGUUAUAGUGGAAAGAUUUUUUUUUAAAAAAAAUAUUCAAACGCCUGUAACUCAUUUAUGUUCAACUGUUGAAAGUAUCGUGCUUAGCUGACUUUACCUGACCAGCUUUAAGGAUCUGUCCGUAAAGAUACACAGAAGCAAUCUGGGAAGCGUACCUUCCUGAUGCUACACAGAAGCUGCAGUUAGGGUGUUGCUGCCCCUGGGACUUUUAACGGUGGUUUAGGUUAGUGGAAUAUGUAGAAUCGAGAAGAGAAUAAGAAAAGAAGAACUAGCUGAACGUUAUCGUAGUAGAAAAUUCAGAGGUAAUGGUUCUCUGAGUGAAAUGGGUUUUAAGGGCAAACUGAAUUUGUUUUAGCUAGUGCAUAUGCUUUCUGUUGUAUGAAAUCAUUUAAAUCAGCUUUUACAUGAUGCACUAAUGCUGCUUUUUCUUUUUGAAUAAAUUAAAUUUAUCUGCACAGAUGUUGAAAAUUCUGCUCAACCUCCAUCAAAGCUUUGCUUUAUUUGUUUUUACAUUAAACAAAUUUAUGUGGGGACACACAGAUAAAUCAGGUUAGGCUUGUAUUUGUUUAUUUAUUCCUCUACCUAAUGCUGUGACAUAACAGGUUGGAAAGCAGUACAGCUGUCUUUAAUCAAAGCUUUGACCUCAUCUUUAUAUAUGGCCUCCUUUAAGAACCUUUCUGUUAGAACAAGGAUGAAAUAAGCCACCGAAGUGUACAUACUGUACUAAUUUCAUUACAUGACAUCGAACAAGCUUUGCCACCACAAAAAAUUACGCUGUGUCACUUAUUUUAACGUUCUGCUUUCAGCAUUUAACAAAAUGAAUACUACGUUGCUUUUCCUACUUGUAUCUUAAAAAAAAAAACCCUCAUUUGUGUAUUUUCUCUAUCAAUCAGAUGUAAACAUCAACUUUAAUAUUAAAGAGAAGAGACUACUGUUUGUUUAUGC